CGGGAAAGAGGAGGAGGGUCGGAGAGGCCCGGCUUUAUAAGGGCUGCUGGAACCGCGCUGCCCGCCAGACCCCGCCGCCCGGAUCCCCUGCUCUGCCCGCCGCCCCACGUGACCGCGCCAACCCCAAGAGCCACCUCAGAGCCCGCUCGCCAUGGCCCUCUUUGGGGCCCUCUUCCUAACGCUGCUGGCAGGCGCUCACGCCGAGCUCCCCGGCUGCAAGAUCCGCAUCACCUCCAAGGCGCUGGAGCUGGUGAAGCAGGAAGGGCUGCGCUUUCUGGAGCAAGAGCUGGAGACCAUCACCAUUCCGGACCUGCGGGGCAGAGAAGGCCAGUUCUAUUACAACAUCUCUGAGGUGAAGGUCUCCGAGCUGCAGCUGACAUCCUCUGAGGUCUAUUUCCAGCCAGAGCAGGAGCUGCUGCUGCAAAUCACCAACGCCUCCUUGGACCUGCGCUUCCGGAGACAGCUUCUUUACUGGUUCUUCUACGAUGGGGGCUAUAUCAACGCCUCCGCCGAGGGCGUGUCCAUCCGCACGGCUUUGCAGCUCUCCCGAGAUUCCAGUGGCCGGAUCAAAGUGGCCAACGUCUCCUGCCAGGCCUCUGUCUCCAGAAUGCACGCGGCCUUCGGGGGAACCUUAAAGAAAGUGUAUGAAUUCCUCUCGACGUUCAUCACCUCGGGGAUGCGAUUCCUCCUUAAUCAGCAGAUCUGCCCCGUGCUCCACCACGCAGGGAUGGUGCUGCUCAACUCCCUUCUGGCCACCGUGCCUGUGCGCAGUUCUGUGGACGAGCUUGUUGGCAUUGACUACUCCCUCCUGAAGGAUCCUUCAGCCUCCGCCAGCAAUCUGGACAUGGACUUCCGGGGAGCCUUCUUCCCCCUGGCUGAGGCGAACUGGAGCCUGCCCAACCGCGCAGUGGAGCCCCAGCUGCAGGAGGAGGAGCGGAUGGUGUACGUGGCCUUCUCUGAGUUCUUCUUUGACUCCGCCAUGGAGAGCUACUUCCGGGCCGGUGCCCUGAAGCUGUCGCUGGUGGGGGACAAGGUGCCCCAAGAGCUGGACGUGCUGCUGAGGGCCACCUACUUUGGGAAUAUCGUCCUCCUGAGCCCAGCAGUGAUCGACUCCCCGCUGAAGCUGGAGCUGCGGGUCGUGGCACCACCUCGCUGCACCAUCAAGCCCUCGGGAACCACCAUCUCCGUCACUGCCAGCCUCACCAUCGCCCUGGUCCCGCCCAACCUGCCCGAGGUCCAGCUGUCCAGCAUGACCAUGGACGCCCGUCUCAGCGCCAAGAUGGCACUCCGGGGAAAGGCGCUGCGCACACAGCUGGGCCUGCGCAGGUUCCGAAUCUACUCAAACCAGUCCGCACUGGAGUCACUGGCACUGAUCCCGCUACAGGCCCCUCUGAAGACCAUGCUGCAGAUUGUGGUGAUGCCCAUGCUCAACGAGCGGACCUGGCGUGGGGUGCAGAUCCCACUACCGGAGGGUAUCGACUUUGUGCGCGAAGUGGUGACCAACCACGCAGGCUUCGUCACCAUCGGGGCCGACCUCCACUUUGCCAAAGGGCUGCGAGAGGUGAUUGAGAAGAACCGGCCUACUGACACCAGGGAGCCUGGGGCAUCCAGUGCCGCACCAGCCCCCACAGCAGCUGUCUGAGCCUCAACCGCCACCCUGGCAGCUGCAUUCAGGACUCCAAGGCCUCUCAGCCCCUCCCUCGCCCCCUCCCAGCCUGUAGUGACAAACCUGUCACCGUCCUCUCUAACCCCCAGUGCCACAGAGAAGACAGAGUUUUAAGCUGUACCCAAUUUAAUUCCAUAAUCACAGUCAAUCUAUCAAUUACAGUCCCUUGUUCCCUCCCA